GGGCCAAUCGAAUAAUGAGGAAGCACAGUAGGAUGAGAAGACAGUUGAGGAGGAAAAAAAGCAUGACGCGAAGCAUUAUUUGCUGUGAAGGGAGGGACAGACAAGCUAGUUCACAAUAUCCAAAUCUUCAAGAUAAAUUCAAAUUAAUUUCAUAAUGUUUUUUAUUUUUUAUUUUUUUUAUAGUCAAAACAGAAGAAGAUAAAAGCCAAAUACCAAGAUCAAGAUGAUGAAGAAAGACAGUUUAAAAUGGAAUUGCUUGCUUCAGCAGGACCUCCCAAAGAUGUCAAAGGAAAAAAGGGGAAAAAAAAACAGCAGCAGCAAAAACAAUCACAACAAAAUCAAAAACACCAAAAGCAACUCAAGAAAGACGAUAAUAAUCAAGAAGGUCAACGGAUGUUGCAAGGAACAGUUAAGGAAGAGCAGAACACUUUGGAGAAUUUAACAGAGAAAGUACAAAACCUUGCAGUCGAUGAAAUAAAUGGUAUGUUGAUGG